AUGGGCUCAAAAGACCCGAUCUUGAGCGAGUAUCUGACCGUUAUAUUGGAAGCGCAGCUGAGCUUACAGUAUUUCUGUAUGGGUGAAUUCUCCAGAGAGUACAAUGAGUGGAAGAUCACAUACAGCUCGCCUAGUGCCACGAUUGAGCUGAAGGUCGGCUCCGAUAUUCGAUGGUCAUUAUUCGUCAAAUGUCCACCGGAUCUCCCUGGCAACAGCUCCUUGCGCGAAUUCUUUCGCAAUCCGAUCGCACAUAGUGCCACCACCAAUACUGUCUUCGACGUCGAGUGGAAAAUACGCAUACCCUACACCAAGGACCAUACUUUCAAAAUUAGCGGCUCGGUUGAGAAAUUUAGCUCUUGGAGGAGUCGACUUGGUCUUGUGGAUUUCAAGGAAGAGACCGUACCAAAGACCAUCAAGAUCCUGGGCGAUCAUCAAGAGUUGGCGGCCAUUAUCGGCGAUUACGAGUAUCAACCGCACUGUGGAACUGCGUCGGCCAGCCUCUAUAAAAGGUCGAUGGAUUCAGACAGCAUGUACUUGUUUCUUGAUCCCAAUCCCAUUGGUCGAUCAGAUCGUGACAGCUUUGUUUUCAGCCAAGACAAUACUCGGAAGCAUUAUGGGGAUAGCCGUAUCACCCUUGCUCAGGUGGAUCCAGCCUGGCGACCUUGGCAUGUAAAGGACGGCUGUGUGCACGCUAUUACUACCACGAUUCAGGACAUUUGGGUUUCCGUCUCGAUGCAACUAGAAUCAGCAGGUGUACCAUUGGAGGUUGGAUUCCUCGAGGAAGAUCGUCUCGUUAAGAUCGGCUUGCCAAGUUGCUCUCAGGCGCUCACUUGCCUCGAUGUCUUCCUCCACGACCAAUUCCCCGUCCAGGAUUUUGCAGACUACUCAUGGGCCUUGGAAUGCGCUAAGAGACUACCGAAAUGCUCCUCAUGGCAGCCUACACAUUCGGAGUCGCUCGAACACUGCUCUUGCGCGCCAUCUUAUCCGAACAUUUUAUGGAGCGUAGAUGAGAAAGGCGUAGCGAUGGCACACGAAGAUCGUCAAGCCGCUGCCACAUUCGAGCGCGCCAUCAAGCAGCGCCCUGCGAUAUUCCAGCUUGAAGCAUCUAGUGACGCGACAGGGACACGCGUUCGGGUUGGCGUCGAUGUCAUGUCUUUGGUGCAUCGUGCCAAAGGGAGACUUCCAAAGUCUACAUCUAUAACCACAGCCUGGAGGCUGAUUACAGACCAUGCCGACUUACCUCCUCAAUCUUUCGCAAAAUUUCGCUUGCAAAGCAACGUGAGCGAUACCCAGUCGUCUCUCGCCAUUCUGCCGAACUACUUGCGGGGUGCCCAGUUGAAAACUGUCUCAUGGAUGUUGAGUCAAGAGCUAGGCAGAGCAAUCGCUAUCUGCGAAACCGAAGAGUCGAUUCACCCCGGUCUGGGCUGGAGAGCAGAGGCUCGGGUCGAGAUGGAGCAAACUGUCCGCGGUGGUGUGCUUGCAGAUCAACCGUCAUUCGGCAAGACCGUCGCCAGUAUCGGGCUCAUCCAAAGUGAAUUCGAUCAAUUCUCACCGGAAAAGCUUCUUGGGCGCAAUCAAGAUCUGGCGUGUGAACAACCUCAACUCUUGGAUUCAGCAGCCACGCUUGUUGUCUGCCCGCCGCACAUCACGGAGCAGUGGAACACAGAGCUGGAGAAGUUUCUAGGCUCAAAGAAGUAUGAAGAGUACGACGUUCUUGUCAUCGAAAGCUGUAGCCAGCUGAAGAGCCUCACUGUCGACGACCUUCACCGAAGCAAAGUCAUCGUAGUGUCGUGGACGUUGUUCGCUGAUGAAGCUUACAUCUCAGAGCUAGCAAAGUUCGCCGCACUGCCUGAGCCCAUUAUGACCAGUCGACGUGCUUUCAAUUGUUGGAUGAAGAGAGCUGUUGGUGAGAUACCAAGUCAGUUGGAAGUGUACCAGCAUCAUCCAUACAACGAAUUCCAACGGGUGACGAAGGAGCUAAUGAACGAACGGCUUCAGCAUCGCGAAUUCCAGGCGACCCUGCCCAUCAGCAUUCAGCAUGGUAGCGCGUACCAGUCGUUUAGCAACAUGAAGACGAAGUCGGUUUCCUCGAAUAACGCGAAGGCGAAAAGUGUCACCAAAACAAGACAAGACAGCCCAUCACACCUGACACCACUGCUACAUCUCUUUCGCUUCAAUCGAAUUAUCGUCGAUGAGUACCACUAUCUCAAUGAUACCAACAAAAUUGGGAGCAACUUCAUUGCGACGAGUAUUAAGCAAAUCUCUGCUCACAAACGCUGGGUCCUAUCGGGCACGCCAGCCUUAGCCAACUUCUCUGACGUCAACCAGCUGGCAUCUUUCUUAGGAGUCAAACUUGGCCGUUAUUUCUGUGGCGACGGUUUGGUUACGACUUCCGUGGAGAAAAUGACAAAGCUUGAUCAGACUGACGUUGAAAGCUUCUUGUCGCAAACGGAAGUCAUGUCAAGACAAUGGCACGUAGCGAGACAUCGACGGGCACAGGAAUUUCUCGAUGACUUCGUGAGACAGAACGAAGCCGAGCUUCAGCACAUUGACUGCUCAGAAAAGCUCUUAUCGGUGGACCUGGAUGCUGCCCAUCAUGCAGUCUACUUAGAGCUCUCCCAAUAUCUCAUUUCUCAAAGAAUGCAGAUCAAGAAACUCAACAAGAAGUCAGGCUCAGAUAGGAGUACCAGGUUGAACGACAGCCUAGAAAAUUCCGCCAGUGCCGAAGAAGCGUUACUAAGGUGUGCAUUGCUCUUCGAGACUGAGGAAGGCAGAUCUGCGCUCGAGCUAUUAAUCGAGAAAAGGUCGCAACAACUACGCAACACUAAGAAGGAACUGAUGAAAUUGCUCGCCAAGUUCGAGGGCUUCAUGAAGAAGUCUCACGGUACUGAGGCGACAAUCAGAGACCUUUAUGGGCAUUUCAAGAAGGACAUCUCCCAGUACAAUUGGCUUGGGGAUGAUGAGUCCAGCCAGAUUGUUCGCAGCUUGAUUAAGGAAGCACAGAAGACGCCUAGACCUGGGCUGACUGACGUCUCAGGCAUGUCUAAAGUUCAGCGCGAGCGCUUGAUCAAGCAGGAACUGUCACAGCUCCGAGAUACUUCUCUGGAACUAGCACAUAGAGCAAGAUCGAGGCGCUUCGUCGUUUCGAUCCGCGAUCAUCUAAAGCUCAUACGGCGCGACGAAGAACCUGUUCGCUGCAGUUCGCCGAGCUGUAACGGCAUAGCUGACCCCCGAUUGCUCUUUCUGAUACCAAAUUGCGGGCAUACUGCAUGCAAAGAGUGUCUUGGGUCACGAAUCGAUGACGAGGCCUGCAUUCACCCCGGCUGCAACUCCCAUGCGAACGAGAGUAGCCUGAUCCGAAUGGCCGAUCUGGGCUCCAGCAAAGGCCAGAAUGAGGGACAAGGCUUCGGCAACAAGCUUGAGGCUAUCGCUCAGCUGAUUCUGGAUAUUCCAGAGGACGAUCAAGGCAUUGUUUUCGCGCCAAACGAAGAGAUCAUCGGUAUCUUGGAGACAGUGCUUGACCACUACGAGAUAUCAUACCACUCUCCAGGCCGGAACCGACACAAGGCGUCAGCAGCGAAGCUCAUGGAGGACUUCAAGACGAACACCGAUGUGAAGAAGAGGAAGAAGCUGAUCAUACUCAAUCUGGGAAGCGAGUCUGCAGCUGGCGUCAAUCUCACUGUUGCCAACCAUGUCAUCUUUGUCUCACCCUUUUUGACAAAGACCCAAUACGAGUACGACUCAGCCAUGGCACAAGCUAUCGCUCGAAGUCGUCGCUAUGGCCAGCAGAAGAAGGUGCAUAUUUACCAUGUUAUCGCGCAACGUACCAUAGAUGUGGAUAUCCUCGAGCACAGGCAUAGACGCAGCGACGCAAUCACCACCAUGGACGCCACAACUAGACUGCCAGAACCGUCUUCUACAAAGAGGGAGAAGACAAAGCUAGUCAAGAACAGCAAGGGCGACAUGAUACUGGUGCCGCUGAGCUGGCUAGCAGAUGAAGCCAAGCGAAGAACGAUGGACGUUGAAGACUCAACGGAGAAGUUUACUUCGUUGAUCAACUUUUCCGAGACGUUCGAGCAGGAGGACGACGAGCCCUGA